UAGUACACUGUAGUUUUCUGCAUGCAGUACUGUUAAUCCUCCACUAGAUGUCGCCGGUGCGGGACGCGCAUUAGCAGGUAGUCUCCCCCAUCUGUCCGUACCUCCACAUAGAUGUCAGCAGGUCCUCUCUAGGUGAGCUCCAUUCUGACAUCUCCCAGUCCUCCUGACCUUCCUCACUUUCUCCAGCAGAGGUCCCCAUAGCCCAGGCAGCCCCGGCUGGUGUGAAUGCGUUUUUUUUUUUUUUUUUAUCUGGUUGCUACGUGAUCUCUUUUUCAAUGAAAAGACGUUUCUAAGCUGCAAUAACAGUUUCAUCCCCAAAGCAACAGAAACGCCGAGUGACCACACCUCCACCGGCCAGAACAGGUCCUCCUGGGUCACCCUGCCAGCAGAUCGCUCACCUGGGCCAGCAUGAGCACCUAGCACACCUGCACCCAGGGCACCUUGGCAUUUGGGGGUGGGCAGGGAGGACUGUACUCAUGACUGAUCCUGGGCUGCUGUGACCCCCACUGAUGGCUCCUGCUGACAAGUGGCUUGGUGGACCCAUGGUGCCACAAGGAUGGACUGCAAUGAGGAGACCUCACCUAGGACCAUCAUGGACCAGAAGGACUGCUGUGCUGAUGCUGCUGCUGGCCCUGGUGUCAGCUCUGCAGCACCCCACACAAGGUUGGACAACAGAUGAAAGCAUCUUAACAAGUGACGUGCGGCCUUCUGAAGAACCGUCCCCUUUCUCUGCAAUGGGGGAAGUGUUCAGUGCAAUGGAGCAAACAGCAGAGACUGGGAAUGUUAAUUUUCAUAACAACACUACACAAUCCAGCAUCGAUGUCAAGGAUAAUUUUACAAGUCAAGCUGAAAAUGUGCAGGACAAUACAAGAGUACAGUUGGGGGAUAGCAACCCUUCAGAAUCUUCACCUUUAUCUUCACUCCAGCCUACAGACUCAGGUCUAAGUGAUACCAGCACAUCACCCCUAUUGAUGUUCCCCAAUACAGCAUCCUCAUAUGCAUCCACAUUACCUGCAACGGGUCAUUCCCUUCCUCUUUCAUCCUCAUCACCAUUGUCAUCAUCAUUGCCAAACCAGUCUUCUCUGUCAGAUAAAUCUUCCACUAAUGUGCCUUACACUGACACUGAAGGUUUAGUAGCAUUAGGAACCAAUUUGCAGGAAACAUUAAAUCAGGACACAGUUACAAAUAUUAUAUAUUCUACCUACAUUCCAACCAGCAAUAUCUUGAUUCCUCAAACCACCAGCUUGCCAAGAGACACAAAUUCACAAACAGGGGUCUUUAUGGAGGGUUCUACUACUGUAGAACCUAGAACUGUAGAACUUACUUCUAGAGUUCCAUCAACUAAACCAUUUAUAGAGGUAACCAGCGUAGAGCAAACGUACAGUUCAGUGGAGCCUACGGCAACAGUGCACACCAGUACUCCAGUAACACCAUCUAUAGAAGCCCUGAGCUUAACAAAUCUACCUGUAACUAUAGGGCUUGAAAACUCUGCCACAGAUGUAAGUACUUCAGAUUCAGAAACGGGUACAUCUCAAACCACUAUCACCUUAAAUACCAGCUCUCUUACUACCAAUCCAGUUUCCAAGUCUUCAGCAAUCAUGGAUUCUUUAAAUACUAUAGACACACACAUUUUUGCAGAGAUAAACACAGCCAGAACCACUAAGGAAACCAUUUCAGAAACUUUAGGUAUAACGGUAACCACACCUUUCCAUUACACUACCACAGAAAUUGGAGAAGCUCAGGGGAUCACCGGGACAGCAAAUGAGUUGAGUCCAAAUGUUCAAUCAGACAACUUGCAAUCUACAACUCCUCCUGAGCUACACAUAACUUCAGAAAGUAGUAAUGAAGUACAUACCUCUAUAAAGGUUCCUAUAAUAAGUGGGGUAUUUACAUCUUUAAGGACAUCACCAACAGAGCAGUCUUCAACCUCCACACCAUCAGAAUACACCUCAAGCUCAUAUUUCUUUAUAGAUACUGUGUCGAGCACUAUCCAGCCAACUACAGUUUCAAAGCUAUUGUCUGUUGAGACCAUGACCUCUGAAUCAGAGUUAACCAAUUCUGAGAGUGCCAAGACCAUCAUAGUUGCUACAGACAAUGUUGACACCACUUUUUCAAGUACAUCAGUAGCUUCUCCUAUCAUUUUGACAUUAUUCCCUUCUCUGUCAAGUGAAGCUAACACACACAGCAGUGUGACCAGUUUUACAUUUGAUCCCAGUUCAACAGCUAACUCAGAUAUCACUCAAAGUAUUACUGAAGAAAGUACCAACUUAGAUUCUACUAACACCAAGUCCACAACAUUAGCAAAUGUUGUGUCAUCGUCAACAACUUCUCAUACUGAAGAAAUUACAUCCCAGGUUAGUAUUGGACUGGACACAACUGCCAAUACACCAACAGCUGUGGCAUUAACAGAUGAUACAGUGUCUACACCAGAUGCCAUCCAAAAUGAAACAACAAUCUGGAAUGUCACUAAAAUUCCUAGUUUCACAUCAAAAACAUUAACAAGCUCCUCAAAACCAUCCUUUACAGAGUCAGCAACAGAAACAUCUUCAUCUAUCACGACAUUUGUGACCAGUACCCCUGAUGACAACACAGUGAUCUACCAGACAGAUUCAACAGGUAUCACAAACAAUCCAACAGUAAGCGAAAACCAUACAGUCUUUAUAACUGCAAUAACAAAUGUGAAACCCACGGUCAGCAACAUGUCACCUUCUGAUGAGUUGACUACCAGUGCUAAUAAUAUUGUGGAACCGAAUACCGAUAAACUGAUAACAACAUCACCUUUAAGGAAAACAACCACAUUGCCUUUAACAAAUGCUAUUAGUGAUAGCCUCACAACUUGGGUUAUUCCAGAUGUUUCUACCAAUUCGUCACCAGUUGAGGUGAGUGCAUCAACACUGACCACUUCAGAAACAUCUGCACCUUCUAUGUCUACAGAUACACCUAGUAUUGAUAUGCACACAGAAAAUCCAUACUCAUAUACACCUAUUUCCAAUCAAGAAAAUACAGUUUUAUUAUCAACAAUGACAGAUUUUGGAACCUCAACAAACAACAUCUUUAUAACUACUUCCAGUCAAGAAAGUCCAGUUUCCUUAUCUAAAAUGACAGAUUUUGGAACCUCAAAAAACAAUGACUUUUUAACUACUUCUAGUCAAGAAAGUCUUGUGUCUUUAUCAACAAUGACAGAUACUGGAACCUCAAAAAACAAUGACUUUUUAACUACUUCCAGUCAAGAAAGUCCAGUUUCCUUAUCAACAAUGACUGAUUUUGGAACCUCAAAAAACAAUGACUUUUUAACUACUUCCAGUCAAGAAAGUACAAUUUCUUUAUCAACAAUGACAGACUUUGAAACCUCAAAAAAUGAUGCCUCUUUAACUAAUUCUAGUCAAGAAAGUCCAGUUUCCUUAUCAACAAUGACAGAUUUCGGAACCUCAAAAAACAAUGACUUUUUAACUACUUCCAGUCAAGAAAGUCCAGUUUCUUUAUCAACAAUGACUGAUUUUGGAACCUCAAAAAACAAUGACUUUUUAACUACUUCCAGUCAAGAAAGUACAAUUUCUUUAUCAACAAUGACAGACUUUGAAACCUCAAAAAAUGAUGCCUCUUUAACUAAUUCUAGUCAAGAAAGUCCAGUUUCCUUAUCAACAAUGACAGAUUUUGGAACCUCAAAAAACAAUGACUUUUUAACUACUUCCAGUCAAGAAAGUACAAUUUCUUUAUCAACAAUAACAGACUUUAAAACCUCAAAAAACAACGACUUUUUAACUACUUCCAGUCAAGAAAGUCCAGUUUCUUUAUCAACAAUGACUGAUUUUGGAACCUCAAAAAACAAUGACUUUUUUACUCCUUCCAAUCAAGAAAGUCCAGUUUCUUUAUCAACAAUAUCUGAUUUUGGAACCUCAAAAAACAAUGACUUUUUAACUACUUCUAGUCAAGAAAGUACAGUUUCUUUAUCAACAAUGACAGAUUUUGAAACCUCGAAAGAUUCCACCUUUUUAACUAAUUCCAAAUUAACUUCUAAUUUUGGUACAAGUAUGGAACAAAAUACUAAUGCACCACAAUUAACCACAAAUGUUGAUGAAAAAGACACCAGUAAUCUGAUGACAUCGCAGACUAAUAAUGAAAUUAGUACUGGAGACUCUGAUCUUACAUCACCAUCGCAUUUGUUAAACAGUCUUACAACACCCUUCUCAUCCCCAUCCAAAGCUACUAGUGCUGCUACAACUUUUGUGUCUACCUGGACAUCCAAUGCUACAUCCGAGACCGAAGCAGACAUCAUCACAGAGCAUAAUACUAAAAGCAGUGCAUUUUCUAGCAUAACACAGACUGAGCCUGGGACUUCAACCUCAACAGGAUCUUCAAUGCCUUCUUUUUCUGAACUGAGCACCUAUCCUAAUACUGAUGCUGAGCAAAGUAUCUCACCAACAGUCUCAGAUGUAACAUCAGUGGAGACGACCCCAAUAAAUAUAUUAACAUCAGUGACUGUAAUAGAUUAUAAUACUGAAAUAUCUACUACAGCAUUGCCUAGCACAUUAAACACAACAGCAUUUUCUUCUUCUCAGGGCGCUUACACGGCUGUUGUUGAAACAUCAACACAAGCAAAUUUACAGCCAACAUUAACUGCAGAGGUGAUAUCUGAACCUGCCGUUUAUACCCCCACAAACACAAUUACAAAAUUGCCAAAUAUAUUUUCAACAGUAUCCUCUUUUCAGACCAGUCUCACACGUUCUGCUGAAUCACAAACAGAAGAAUCUAACACUAUUACAGCAUCAACACAGAUUUUUCAGACAUCCAUUCAGCCAAGUCAGCCAUCUUAUUCUAGUAGCAGAACAGUUGCACAUCUUUCUAUGUCAACUCUAUCCCCAAGCAUAACAUCCAAUGGUAAGCAAGAUUAUAUAAAUCAGACAAGCCAAGAAACUUCACCAAGCACCAUCAAUGAGACCUUCUCCACUACUGAAUCUUCAGUAUCUCAGCCAACAUCCGGAAAAGGGAUAGAGCCAGAAGCUACUUCUACAAACACCUAUUCAUUAUUUCCUACAAACUCUACAAACACUUUCAACUUGUCCCUUAGUUCUGAAAGCACGACAUCCUCAACACACAUGCAAACGACUGGAGGUAAUAUCACAAUUACUCAACAUAACACAACAGACACAGCUGAAACCUUGACAUACUCAGGGUCCACAACAUAUAGAGAAACAUUAUCUACAGUCACUGAAAGUAUUACUCAGGCCAUUUCAAACACUAUGUCUUCAACUAUAUCCCAUUUGCCACCCUCAUCAAUAACAUCUCCUUUUUCAUCAACCUUUCCAUAUAAAACUGCAAUCGUUCCAACAAACAUAUCUGGUUCUUUCUCUACAGUCUCUACUAUGUCAUCUUCUGCUGAGGUUUCAAGUGUUUCACCUGCAGGAAAUGCAACUAAAAACUUUACAACAGUGCCAUCUUCUUCCUACAUAACUCACACAGUGUCCACAAGCCAUGCAUCAGUAGCAAACACAUUGUUGACCGCUCUGAUUACAAGGACUCCACAAGUUCAGACAUCAAAUGUUGUUACUUCGAAGCCAACUAACUUUACAAUAGCAAAUCACACUACAUAUACACCUGUAACAGUUGUUACUCAAACGGCAAUAACAAGUAAUACAGUAUUAGUACCCCCUUCAAGUACUAACACUACUACUCCUGCUACUAGUACUACUACUACUACACAUGCACCUACAACACAUGUGCCUACUACAAUCACUGCUACCCCUCUUUUAGACACCACCACUACGUUAACUGCUCACCCUCGAAACAUAACUACAUCAGCUGUAACCUCCAUAGUGAUGUCCACCAAGACAACAAAAGCUCCUUUGGUGCCAGUGUCAAAUGCUACUACUGUUUUGAGCACAAUCCUGAGUACCAUACUUUCUACAUCAGCAACAACGCCUGUGCAAUUCGGAUGCCGGCCCUCAUCAGAAACUAUGAUCAGAACAGUUCUCACCCUGUCGAGUUUGCCAACAAGUGAUGAAGCACAGAGGCUGAGGGACUUCCUUAGCAGUACUCUCAGUCAAGCAUUGACUAUGACAGUUCAAGUCCUAGAUCUGACAGUACAAACUCCCCCAUCAAGGAAUCUGACUGUUGGAUAUUCAGUAUCUGUGAACUCCUUGCUUUACAUCCCUUCAGCCAUCGUAUCUGUCCUCACAAGGAAUGGUGUGUUCAAUGUCUCUCGCCUCGGAACUAUCAUUCCAAGCCUUCUGUCAGUGCCAGUAAUAGCUGAAACGUGGAAGGCGGAACCUGCCUUGAACUUUAGGCUAAAAACAGUGUUGAAGUUGAUGGGGACAGGAGGGGAUGUGAACACUUGUGUCUAUGUUCGGAGCAUGGAGCAGAAGUUACAGAUGGCCUUUGCGAUAGCAGAGUUGAACAGCAUGGGUACCCAGAGCAACCUCUCAGUCCAGAUUCUGAGUACAUCGAAGGAGGGCCAGUUCCUGACUCUGGUCUAUGUUGUAAAGAAGAACAGUGAACCACUGAAUGGUACAACAGCCAGCAGCCUUCUAAAUGUCCUGUCUGGAGAGGUAGUCGGCUACUAUCUAGGAGACCCUCCCUCUGUUAUUGCAGAACCAUUAUAUUAUCCAAAUCUUGACAUCUCAAAUCCAACAAUGAGCUACUGGGUGACCACAGUCCUUCAGGGGGUGCCCGAAUCCCAGUUACAGUGGCCAAAUAACCAAAGUUUUGCCAAACUAAUGGAAGAGAGACUGGCCACGCUCUUUCAACUUUCCAGUCAACAAUCAAGAAGAUUUAAAAGAGCAACUACAGUGAAGAGCUACACUGUGCAGAUGGUGACCAUGAAAUUGGGUGCUAAUAAUCUGACUGAGUUGACUUACUACGCUUUGAAAGGUGGACAACCAAUACCAGGCACCGUGGCUGCCAAGCAGCUGAGUACAAUCGACCCUCAGACCAUGGCGCUGACCCUUGGUUAUAUUGUGAAGGCGCAAGCCAACCCCGUGGUCCAAAAUCCACCGAACAAUCUAUGGAUAAUUGCAGCUGUGUUGGCCCCCAUAGCGGUUGUGACAGUAAUCAUCAUCAUCAUCACUGCCGUCCUUUGCCGGAAGAACAAGAGUGACUUCAAGUCUGAUAAUCUCGGUAACUUGCCUCCUAGGACCAAGCCCGUCCAAGGUUUCGAUUAUGCCAAGCAGCACCUGGGCCAGCAAGGAGGUGAUGAGGAUGCCCUUCCUGUAACCCAUGAGACCGUGGUGCCAUCUUUGAACUUGUCGCAGGAAAGGGACAGCACUAAGGAUGGGAGUACAGAAAAAAUGCUCAAAUCUUCAGAUACAAGAAAAAGCCGGUCGCCUUGUGAAAACGGUUCCGUCAUCAGCAACGAAUCAGAGGAGGCCAGUUCAGACGGGAGCACUCCGCAGAAACUCAUGGCUCAGCACAGGAUGACAAAGGAUGAGGCGUGCAAGUGGAAUGGACUUAAAAAAAAUAAACAGAAAAUUGUGCCUAUAAGUGAUGAAGAGGAAGGAAAUAUACACUUUGACAAGAAUAACAAGAUGGUACCCGACCCAUUUGACUCAUCUUCUGGUUCUGUUCAACUGAUCGCCAUUAAGCCAGUCUCAAUGCCGCCUUCACUUUCGGUGACGGACAGAAAUCAGGAGAUGUCCAUAAUUAAUGGAGAGGUGAACAAAGCGCUUAAACAGAAAUCGGACAUAGAGCACUACCGAAACAAGCUACGUCUAAAAGCAAAAAGGAAAGGCUACUAUGACUUCCCUCCAAUAGACAACAGAUCACUGAAUGACAAGAAGAGGAAAGCCUUUGAGAAAACUCAAAUGGAAAUUGACAAUGUGCUGGAAGGAAAUACAGAUUCAUCUCCCCCUUUUGUGGGCAGGCAACCUUCAUUAAAGAAUCAUCCAUAUAGGAGUCGGCAGUCUCUGAACAGUCCAAGCCCAGGAGAGACUGAAAUGGAUCUUCUUGUAACUCGGGAACGACCACGACGUGGAAUUCGGAACAGUGGCUAUGAUACCGAACCUGAAAUUAUUGAAGAAACGAAUAUCGAUCGGGUAAAACAAGCCAGAACGUAUAUUAAAUCUCGUCAAGGGAAAGGUCAUUCUGAGACAUCUACGCUGAGCUCUCAGCCUUCGAUUGAUGAAGUCAGGCAGCAGAUGCACAUGCUGCUAGAAGAGGCGUUCAGCCUGGCAUCUGCGGGGCACGGAGGACCCAAGCGACAAGCAGAUCCAUAUGCUUCAGCGCAGCAUAUGCCCUAUUCAGAAGUUGUCACUAGUGCUCCUGGCACAAUGUCUCGACCUCGGAUGCAGUGGGUGCCAACGUAUGGGCCUGAGAUGUAUCAGUAUAGCCUUCCCAGACCGACAUACCGGUUUUCCCAACUCCCUGAAAUGGCUAUGGGCUCUCCUCCACCACCGGUACCACCGAGGACAGGUCCUGUGGCUGUCCCUUCAUUAAGGAGAUCCACAUCAGACAUGACCAACAAGAACAGAGUGCCGGAGCCCAGCGGGAAUGAGCAAAGUCCAGGUAAUACCGUUCCUGCUGUGUUUGCCAUCCCAGGGAACCGCGCAACAUAUACCGGCUAUUACAUUCCACAGCCACCAGCUGCCUACCGUAACCAUGCCUGGAUGUCAUACUCGGGAGAAAAUGAUUUGCCGGGACAAUGGGCAGACUCGGCUCCCCUCCCUGGUUACAUUGAGGCUUAUCCAAGGUCAAGAUACCCUCAGAACUCGCCUUCCCGUCUCCCGAGGCAGUUUGGCCAACCUGUCAACCUACACCCGGGCUUGGACCAUGCUGCUGGAGCAUCAAUCGGAGCUUCUCAGCAAAGCCUGGCCGAUACCGACACUCCAGACGCCUCGAUCACCAAUUUAUCCACAGCUGCUUUGGUAAAAGCCAUAAGAGAAGAAGUUGCCAAGCUGGCUAAAAAACAGACGGAUAUGUUUGAGUUCCAGGUGUGAAGGAAACCAUGGAUGUACCGCAUCCUUUGUUGUUGAGCGAUGGUAACAGUGCCUAUAGAAAUCUGGACUCACGUGGGGAUUAUAUGCUAUUUUUAUGUAUAAAAGACAAAAAGUGACCUGUUACUGAUAUGCAGCUGUUUUUAUUUAUAUAUUUAAAAUAUAAAGACUUUUUUUUUUUCUUUCUUUUUUUACCAAAUUGAUUCAUUACAUUUUUUUGUAUAUAAAAAGCAACAGCAUUGAUAACCAAUGGAUGUUAUUUUCAGAUACAUAAUAUCUAAUAGAUUACCUAGUGUGGAGAUGCUCAAAGCUUUUGUUGGCUCCAAAUGUCAAUGUGCCAUUUUUCUAGGGUUCCCGUUAUGAUUUUUUUGGGAUCCAAAGAAAAAAACUUUUUUUUUUAACAGAACCAUAUAGUAUGAUUGUUAUAGUAUAUGUAAAAUCUCAUAUAAGCUCUACCAUGUCGAUUAUAUAUCUAAAGUUUUUUUCAAUAUUUUAAAAUCUACAUCCUUUAUUAAAUUAUCUGAUAAUCUUCC